GGAGCCGGAGCAGUCGGCGACGAUGUCGGUGCAGGUGGCGGUGGCCGCGCCCGCCGUGGAGCUGAAGGAGCUCGGCGGCCCCAUGGACAAGGCGACGGGGCCGCCAUGCGAGGCUGUGGGCGCUCACGCAGCGGCGCACGGCGUGGCGGCGGCUGCCGCCGCCUGCCCCGUGCCGGGCGCCGAGCGUGAGGCGGCCCCGGCCCCGGCCCCGUCCGCCGAGCGGCCUCCGGGGAGCGGCUGCCCCGGGCUGCCCUCGGCCGCCGGGCUGUCCUCGGCCGCCGCUAAAGUGCCGCAGGCUUCGGCCAUGAAGAGGAGCGACCCGCACCACCCUCAGCACCGGCACCGCGACGGCAGCGACAGCAGCGGCGGCGCGGCCGAGGCGCUCGUGAGCCCCGACGGCUCCGUCACCGAGGCGCCGCGCACCGUCAAGAAGAUCCAGUUUGCUGACCAAAAGCAGGAGUUCAACAAGCGUCCAAGCAAGAUCGGCCGCCGGUCGCUGUCGCGCUCCAUCUCGCAGUCCUCAACAGACAGCUACAGCUCAGCUGCGUCCUACACGGACAGCUCGGACGAUGAGACCUCUCCCCGGGACAAGCAGCAGAAGAAUUCCAAGGGCAGCAGCGAUUUCUGCGUCAAGAACAUCAAACAGGCCGAGUUCGGGCGGCGCGAGAUCGAGAUCGCCGAGCAGGAAAUGCCGGCACUGAUGGCUCUGAGGAAGAGAGCUCAGGGGGAGAAGCCCUUGGCAGGGGCCAAGAUUGUGGGGUGCACUCACAUCACGGCACAGACAGCGGUGCUGAUGGAGACUCUGGGAGCGCUGGGAGCUCAGUGCCGCUGGGCCGCCUGCAACAUCUACUCCACCCUGAACGAGGUGGCCGCAGCCCUGGCCGAGAGCGGCUUCCCUGUUUUUGCCUGGAAGGGCGAAUCUGAGGAUGAUUUCUGGUGGUGCAUCGACCGCUGCGUCAACGUCGAGGGCUGGCAGCCCAACAUGAUCCUGGAUGAUGGGGGAGAUCUCACCCACUGGAUCUACAAGAAAUAUCCAAACAUGUUCAAGAAGAUCAAGGGGAUCGUGGAGGAGAGCGUGACUGGGGUCCACAGACUGUACCAGCUCUCCAAGGCAGGGAAGCUCUGUGUGCCAGCCAUGAACGUCAACGACUCCGUCACCAAGCAGAAGUUUGACAACCUGUACUGCUGCAGGGAGUCCAUCCUGGAUGGCCUUAAGAGGACAACGGACAUGAUGUUCGGAGGGAAGCAGGUGGUGGUUUGUGGCUAUGGGGAGGUGGGCAAGGGCUGCUGUGCUGCCCUCAAGGCCAUGGGCUCCAUCGUCUACGUCACCGAGAUAGACCCCAUCUGCGCCCUGCAGGCCUGCAUGGACGGAUUCCGACUGGUGAAGCUCAAUGAAGUCAUCAGACAGGUCGACAUCGUCAUCACCUGCACAGGGAACAAGAACGUGGUGACCAGGGAACAUCUGGACAGGAUGAAGAACAGCUGCAUUGUCUGCAACAUGGGGCACUCCAACACCGAGAUCGACGUGGCCAGCCUGCGCACACCUGAGCUCACCUGGGAGCGGGUGAGGUCCCAGGUGGAUCAUGUCAUCUGGCCGGACGGGAAGAGGAUCGUGCUGCUGGCAGAGGGCCGCCUGCUGAACCUGAGCUGCUCCACCGUGCCCACCUUUGUCCUGUCCAUCACGGCCACCACCCAGGUGAGGAGGCUGGGGCUGGGCCAGGCCCUGCUCUGGGGACAGCAGCCACUGACCCCAGUGUCCUCUCCGCAGGCCCUGGCUCUGAUCGAGCUCUACAACGCUCCCGAGGGCCGCUACAAGCAGGACGUGUACUUGCUGCCCAAAAAAAUGGACGAGUACGUGGCCAGCCUGCACCUGCCCACCUUCGACGCGCACCUGACGGAGCUGACGGAUGAGCAGGCCAAGUACCUGGGGCUCAACAAGAACGGACCCUUCAAACCCAACUACUACAGAUACUGAGUUCCUGCCGCCGCAUCCUGGAGAAUCGCGAGGAACAGCAACAAGCACCCGAGUCUUUCUCAACUACUGUACAGGAUGAAACCGCGCAAGCUUCCCACGCUAGAGCCGGGCUUGCUGCCAUAGUCCACAGUGUGUUUUAGGUUAUUUAUUUAUUAAAUUAGAAUACUGUUCAUGUGGCCUUUGCCACUGGUGUUCGUCCUGCCGCGGGACUGGGAGACGCUGGAUUUUCUUUCCGUUCCUUUCAUUUUUCUCUUUGGGUUCGUUCUUUUUCGGGGCUGGGAGGACGGGGAAGGCGAGGAGGAAGCUGCUGGAAUCGAGCCGUGGAAUAUUCCCUUAUCCCUGCUCAACCCCCGCACAAGGGCGGGACCCGGCCUGGGAGUCGCUUUUGGUUUCCUCCAGCCCCCAGCGCUCCUCCAGCGGCACCGGAUCCCAGCAGCCGGGGAUCCUCCGGCGCUUUGACAACAAAGCCAAAAUCCUCCAGGAGCUGCCACCCAGCCGGGAACCGCCUCGGGAAUCUGGCUGGAGAAGCCUCUCUGUGUGCCCUGGAAGUGCCCGGGGCCGUGGCCAGCCGGGGAACCUCGCCUUAGCACUGCCCGGAGCUGUGCCCGAGGGUCAGCGCCGGCCCGGGGAGAGCCCUGAGCGCGCCCAGGAGCCGGCGCCGCUCUCCUGGCCACAGCUCCGCGGUGUUUUCCUGCUGCUGUCGUUCCGAGUGCCAACCUCUCUGGAUCAACCAAAGCCGUGUUCCCGGCGGGGCCGGGGCAGCCCCGCCCGCCCGCGCUGCUGGAAGGGCCUCGCCCACCGAUGCUGCUCAAGCGCCCGGCGGCUCCUCCACGCCAAGCAGAGCUCGCCGGCCGUCCGGCUGGGAGGACCCAGGUCCUUCUCCAGCUGAAUUUCAGUCCUCAUUGGAAACGUUCAGAGUUUUAUUUUCUGGUCAUAUUUGUAUGAAUGCCGGAAAUCCCCUUUGGAAUGUAUGAGACGUCUGCCGGAGUGACCCCUACGGAUUCUGUGCAAGGGAAGAGUUCAGCAUCACUUAAAAACCCUUUGGUCACCUCAGACCUCGAUGUGUCAGAGCUGAUGGAGAAUAAAUCUACCAGAGUUUUAUGCCAGGAUGUCCCACCUGAGUCCAGGACAGCGUGACCCUUACCAAGGUGACUUCCCAAGUGCCAGUGUCUGAGCGGAGUCACUUCUGUCCCUCACGUGGAGAACGUGACCCUUCCAAAAUGAAACUGCCCAGCCCCGUGAGCACAGAAGCCUUUGUCCCCCCCUGUUUGGUUCCUGAGUCUCUCAUCAGCUUCAGAUCUGUGUUUUGUCCUCCUGGGCAUCUUUGCCAUCAUGGAGAACUUUUUUUGUGGCAGCUCGUUCACGCACAAGGAAGGAAAAACGGAGGAAUUUCAGCCUCGAGUCCUUCCCACAGCUCUCAGGAGAUUUGGAGUCAGGUUGGCCACAAGUCGCUCAUCUCCAGAGCAAACGUUCCCAUGUGCCGGCUUAUUCCAAGUUUCUCUUUGAAAUUUCUCAAAAAUCAGGAAGGAAAACCUUGAGAAGACCUCAAGGAAACCUUGAAAGAACCUUGAAGAGACCUUGGGCAGGCACCAGAGCUUUGAGAAGGCCUUGAGGAGACCUUCGGGCUUUGAGAAGCUUCCACGUAGACUGAUAGCUAACCACAGACUUGGAAUUAUCUCUGCUCGUUCAUUUUACCCAGAUCCUGAGAUAUUUUUUGGGAAGAAUCCCCUGAGCUGUUUGAGACAUCACCCCCAGGUCUUUCUCCCGGAGCUGGAUCCUGGUCUGUGCCAGCCCCUGCUGUUGUCUGGGAAUGUGGGAGCUGCCCCUGACCCAGCUGAGACAUGGCCAUGGGGUCACUGGGGCAGAGCAACUUUGGGAAGAAUGGGAAUCCCAUCCCAAGCCAACCACAGCCACUUCCCCCUGGAAAAGCCCCUUCCAUCCCCAUCCCUCUCAUCCUCAGAGCUGCGUCCCUCCCUGUGCCUGCUCUGCACAGCCCCAGAGCCCUUCGUGCCCACUUUUAACCCCCUUUCAUCUUCCAGGUAGAUAGGAAGGGAAAUAGAUAUAUAUAUAUAUAUAUAUUAAUCCUAAAAUCCCAACUGGCUCUUCCCACCUCGAUUUUUAAAGCUCUUCUCCAUGUUCUGCUUCUCCUGUAAAAGCUUUUUGGCUCGCUUGGCUUUUUUUCCUAAUCAACCUGGAAUCAUAUCCUAUGAUCAUCUCUAAAUUAAACGUGUAAUGGGGUUUGGUUUCUUUUUUUUUUUUUUUCCUAAAUGUAACACAUUUUCCAAGACUUAGGAAAAGGGAGAUUUUAGGUAACACCAGCAAAAUCGUAUAAAGGAAAUUAAUUCUGUUCUAAACUUUAGAUAAUAAGACAAAACCCGUCAUCAGCAGUGAGGAAAUGAAAACGUCGCAACCGUAACAUUUCAAAAGGAUGUUUUAAAUAUUAAUGUCUGAGUGAUUGUAUUAGAUCAGCAAUAAAGACUCUGUAAUCUCAAAACACAAAUAAAACAUUGGAAAACUCGG